AUGGCGGUGGGAUGGUGCACACAUAAUUCCUUAGUCAUCUUCUUAAUGAAGACCACUGAGCUCCUCGUUCUACAGCAGUCAGUUCUACAGCCUGUCAGUUCUACAGCAGUCAGUUCUACAGCAGUCAGUUCUACAGCAGUCAGUUCUACAGCCUGUCAGUUCUACAGCAGUCAGUUCUACAGCAGUCAGUUCUACAGCCUGUCAGUUCUACAGCCUGUCAGUUCUACAGCCUGUCAGUUCUACAGCAGUCAGUUCUACAGCCUGUCAGUUCUACAGCAGUCAGUUCUACAGCAGUCAGUUCUACAGCAGUCAGUUCUACAGCAGUCAGUUCUACAGAAGUCAGUUCUACAGCAGUCAGUUCUAGCAGUCAGUUCUACAGCAGUCAGUUCUACAGCAGUCAGUUCUACAGCAGUCAGUUCUACAGAAGUCAGUUCUACAGCCUGUCAGUUCUACAGCAGUCAGUUCUACAGCAGUCAGUUCUACAGCCUGUCAGUUCUACAGCAGUCAGUUCUACAGCCUGUCAGUUCUACAGCAGUCAGUUCUACAGCCUGUCAGUUCUACAGCAGUCAGUUCUACAGCAGUCAGUUCUACAGCAGUCAGUUCUACAGAAGUCAGUUCUACAGCAGUCAGUUCUACAGCCUGUCAGUUCUACAGCAGUCAGUUCUACAGCAGUCAGUUCUACAGCAGUCAGUUCUACAGCAGUCAGUUCUACAGCCUGUCAGUUCUACAGCAGUCAGUUCUACAGCAGUCAGUUCUACAGCAGUCAGUUCUACAGCCUGUCAGUUCUACAGCAGUCAGUUCUACAGCAGUCAGUUCUACAGCAGUCAGUUCUACAGCAGUCAGUUCUACAGCAGUCGGUUCUACAGCAGUCAGUUCUACAGCAGUCAGUUCUACAGCAGUCAGUUCUACAGCCUGUCAGUUCUACAGCAGUCAGUUCUACAGCCUGUCAGUUCUACAGCAGUCAGUUCUACAGCCUGUCAGUUCUACAGCAGUCAGUUCUACAGUAGUCAGUUCUACAGCAGUCAGUUCUACAGCACAGUCAGUUCUACAGCAGUCAGUUCUACAGCCUGUCAGUUCUACAGCAGUCAGUUCUACAGCCUGUCAGUUCUACAGCCUGUCAGUUCUACAGCAGUCAGUUCUACAGCCUGUCAGUUCUACAGCAGUCAGUUCUACAGCAGUCAGUUCUACAGCAGUCAGUUCUACAGCAGUCAGUUCUACAGCAGUCAGUUCUACAGCAGUCAGUUCUACAGAAGUCAGUUCUACAGCAGUCAGUUCUACAGCCUGUCAGUUCUACAGAAGUCAGUUCUACAGCCUGUCAGUUCUACAGCAGUCAGUUCUACAGCAGUCAGUUCUACAGCAGUCAGUUCUACAGCAGUCAGUUCUACAGCAGUCAGUUCUACAGCCUGUCAGUUCUACAGCAGUCAGUUCUACAGCCUGUCAGUUCUACAGCAGUCAGUUCUACAGCAGUCAGUUCUACAGCAGUCAGUUCUACAGCAGUCAGUUCUACAGCAGUCAGUUCUACAGAAGUCAGUUCUACAGCAGUCAGUUCUACAGCCUGUCAGUUCUACAGCAGUCAGUUCUACAGCCUGUCAGUUCUACAGCAGUCAGUUCUACAGCAGUCAGUUCUACAGCAGUCAGUUCUACAGCCUGUCAGUUCUACAGCAGUCAGUUCUACAGCCUGUCAGUUCUACAGCAGUCAGUUCUACAGCAGUCAGUUCUACAGAAGUCAGUUCUACAGCAGUCAGUUCUACAGCCUGUCAGUUCUACAGCAGUCAGUUCUACAGCAGUCAGUUCUACAGCAGUCAGUUCUACAGCAGUCAGUUCUACAGCAGUCAGUUCUACAGCAGUCAGUUCUACAGAAGUCAGUUCUACAGCAGUCAGUUCUACAGCCUGUCAGUUCUACAGCAAAGGAGGCCUCCAGCGGCCCAGGCCAAGGACGCACAUCGCUUCACUGGACACUUCCCUGGCUCCUCGCCCGGGAGCCUGACCACAGCUACAGCUCUGGUCUUCAUGGCGGCCGAGCAGAGCGCGUGCAUGGAGGAGGAGCCCCGGGGGUCUCUGGUGCUGCGGUCCUGGGCUGGUGAUGAGGCGGAUGAAGGGCUGGGCGGUCCACUGACAACCUGCCCACUGUGUGAAGGGAUGCAUGAUGACCCAGGCCUUCUCCAGCAGAUACAGGAGCUGGCCCAAAGUUCACCACUGCCACUGUUCCGAGCUGAGGGCUGCUCUUUGGCUGGUUCCAUGCGGCUGUUUGGUUGGUUCCAUGCGGCUCUUUGGCUGGUUCCAUGCGGCUGUUUGGUUGGUUCCAUGCGGCUCUUUGGCUGGUUCCAUGCGGCUGUUUGGUUGGUUCCAUGCGGCUGUUUGGUUGGUUCCAUGCGGCUCUUUGGUUGGUUCCAUGCGGCUGUUUGGUUGGUUCCAUGCGGCUGUUUGCAAGGAGACCUGAGCAGGGAGACCUCGGCAAGGAGACCUCAGCAAGGAGACCUGAGCAGGGAGACCUCAGCAAGGAGACCUGAGCAGGGAGACCUCGGCAAGGAGACCUCAGCAAGGAGACCUGAGCAGGGAGACCUCAGCAAGGAGACCUGCGCAGGGAGACCUCGGCAAGGAGACCUCAGCAAGGAGACCUCAGCAAGGAGACCUCAGCAAGGAGACCUGAGCAGGGAGACCUCGGCAAGAAGACCUCAGCAAGGAGACCUGAGCAGGAAGACCUCGGCAAGGAGACCUGAGCAGGGAGACCUCAGACAGGAGACCUGA